CAAAUCAACCUCUCGACCAACCCACCCACAGUCAAAACAUAGAAACUCAACAAACACACACACUCUCUCUCACGCGCAGUUAUGGCAAUGGCGGCAAUGGCUCUUCGCAGAGUCUCCUUCUCCGUCAAGAACACUGUUCGACCAUUCGUCAAUCACAUGUCCUCUUUGCCCAGCGAGGCAGUUCAGGAGAAGGAAAAAGCUCGCGCUACCUGGAUUAAGCAGUUGAAUGCUCCGUUGGAGGCCAUGGAUCCGGAAAUCGCCGACAUAAUCGAGCUCGAGAAAGCUCGGCAAUGGAAGGGGCUUGAACUUAUACCUUCCGAGAAUUUCACAUCGUUGUCAGUGAUGCAAGCUGUUGGCUCUGUCAUGACCAACAAAUACAGUGAAGGCUAUCCUGGAGCUAGAUACUACGGAGGAAAUGAGUACAUCGACAUGGCUGAGUCCUUGUGCCAAAAGCGCGCAUUAGAAGCUUUUAAUUUGGAUCCCGCAAAAUGGGGAGUCAAUGUGCAAUCGCUAUCUGGAUCCCCUUCUAAUUUUCAAGUUUACACUGCAUUGUUGAAACCUCAUGAGAGAAUCAUGGCUCUUGAUCUACCUCACGGUGGUCAUCUUUCACAUGGAUAUCAGACUGACACCAAGAAGAUAUCUGCCGUGUCUAUAUUCUUUGAGACAAUGCCGUACAGAUUGAAUGAGAGCACUGGUUAUAUUGACUACGAUCAGUUGGAGAAAAGUGCCACUCUUUUCAGGCCAAAACUAAUAGUUGCUGGUGCGAGUGCUUAUGCACGCCUUUAUGACUAUUCACGCAUCCGCAAGGUCUGUGAUAAGCAGAAAGCAGUUUUGCUGGCUGAUAUGGCACAUAUCAGUGGAUUAGUUGCAGCUGGUGUUAUUCCAUCUCCUUUUGAAUAUGCGGAUAUUGUGACGACCACAACACACAAGUCGCUUCGUGGCCCACGUGGGGCUAUGAUCUUCUUUAGGAAGGGGGUGAAAGAGAUUAACAAACAAGGGCAAGAAGUGUUGUAUGAUUAUGAAGACAAAAUCAAUCAGGCUGUCUUUCCUGGACUUCAAGGUGGUCCACACAAUCAUACCAUAGCUGGUUUAGCAGUUGCACUGAAGCAGGCCAGAACUCCAGAGUUCAAGGCUUAUCAAGAGCAAGUUCUCAGUAAUUGUUCGACAUUUGCACAGAGUUUGUUAGAGAAGGGCUAUGAACUUGUAUCUGGUGGAACUGAGAACCAUUUAGUGUUGGUGAAUUUGAGGAACAAGGCUAUCGAUGGCUCAAGAGUUGAAAAGGUUUUGGAAUUAGUUCAUAUUGCAGCCAAUAAAAAUACUGUUCCUGGGGAUGUGUCUGCCAUGGUUCCUGGCGGCAUUCGUAUGGGAACCCCAGCUCUCACAUCUAGAGGGUUUAUCGAGGAGGAUUUUGCUAAAGUGGCCGACUUCUUUGAUGCAGCCGUGAAGUUGGCCUUGAAGAUCAAGGCUAAUGCUGAAGGAACAAAGUUGAAGGAUUUCGUGGCAACUAUGAAAUCUGAUGUGCACAUUCAAUCUGAGAUCGCGAAGCUCCGGCAUGAGGUUGAGGAGUAUGCUAAACAAUUCCCAACUAUUGGCUUUGAAAAAGAAACAAUGAGAUACAAGGACUGAAGAAGCUUGUUUCUGGUGCAAGAGAUGCAUUCCUUACUGGGCGGAACAUCCAAGUCGGCGUCAAUAUGUUCUCUAUAUCUGAGGAAGUGAAGGAGGGAUAAUAGCAUAGGAGCAUGUCGAGCUUUCGUUUAUAUAAUCCAGAUAAUGUUUGUUUUAAUGUUCCCCCCACCAAUGUAAAUUAAAAUUCUGUUAA